AUGUUAGCAAUUUUUUACAGGAGACGACUCAGGAUCCCUCCAAAAGACUGUAUUAUCUCUCCAAUCCAAUUUCAGUCUCCCCAAAAUGCAGGCUUCAUCAGGCCAUGCUCCACCAAGAAAAAAACACCAGCUGUUCGAGAAAAUGCCUCAGAGAACUCUUUCACCGUAUCGUACCUCAUCAACACAUGGGGGCUGUCCGAAAAGGACGCCGUCCUCGUAUCCACCAAAAUCCGCCUCGAAUCGUCGGAAAAACCGGACGCCGUCCUGAACCUCCUCCGGCAGUACGGUUUCACACACGCCCACAUCCCCAAACUCGUCACACGGUGGCCCAAAGUCCUCUCCACCUGCCCGGAACAAAACCUCACCCCGAAACUUGAAUUCUUCCGGUCGAUCGGCAUCCCUCUUCCCGUUCUCGCCGAUAAGCUCUCUGGCGAGCCCUCUGUCCUUACCCGCAGCCUCAAACUCUCAAUCAUCCCUUCCUACAACUUCCUGAAAGACCUGUUGAAAUCCGACGAGAGUGUUGCCCGUGUGUUCUCGCGGUCCCCGCACACUUUCGGCCGGUGCUCGUUAGGCAGGUUACCGUCUAAUGUCUCCAUGCUGAGGGAACGGGGGGUCCCGCUAUCGUCGAUUGUCCACAUGGUAACUCACCUGCAGACCCUUAACGUGGUCAAGCAAAAGCUCGAGGCCUACGUUGACCUGGCGGUCAAAAUGGGGUUCGACGUCUUGACUAGCACGUUUACUUACGCCGUGAAGGUUUUCAUAGAGUUGGGUGAAUCGAACCUGAAGCGUAAAAUGGAUAUCUUCAAGAAGUGUGGGUGGUCGGAUGCUGAAGUGGCGUUCGCCAUGCGCAGGUCCCCCAUCUGCAUGAAUUUGUCGGACAAGAAAAUCGUGGCCAAUAUGAGUUUUCUCAUGAAAGAGCUCGGUUUCGAGCCGGGUGACGUGGCACGGUGCCCGGUACUGUUGAACUUGAGCUUAGAGAGGAGGAUGAGGCCGAGGUGUUUGGUGGUUGGGAUUCUUGGCGAGAGGGGUUUGCUGAAAGGCAGGAAAGCUUCGAGCUUGAACACGAUUUUGAAGUUGUCGGAGGUGGAUUUCUUGAAGAAGUAUGUGGUGAAGUAUGAGAAAGAUGUGCCUGAGCUUUUGGAUAUCUAUCGAGGAAAGUUGAGCCCGUCUGGGCCCGUCAAACUGUUUUCAGGAAAAAAUGUAGUGUCUUAA